AUGGCUGCUAACACGCAGCGUACACCGGCUUCCAGGACCGAGGUGACGAGGGCUCAGCAUAAGGGUGAGAAAAGGUCACAGGCAGACACAGUUGCGACUGAUGAGAUGCUUUUCAGAGGGGAAAACGGCUGUAGAACGCAAGACUGUAAACACAACACCUACUUACAAUCCAAAUGCAACAGAGAUCUCCUCGACGGCUUCUCCUUUCUCGAGCUUCAUACCGACCUCAAUCCAUCAGAAGAGAAGCUCCGGCGUCACAUUAGAAGCAUCUGCGAAGCGCAGAUCCGCCCCUUCGCCGCUCGCAUUUGGGAUGCGGCUAUUUUUGAUCGUCGAGUACUUGGUGCAUGCAAAGAUAUGGGGCCGGCGGGCCUGCAGAUCAAAGGAUUUGGAUGCGCUGGUCUAAGCAACGUAGAAGCGUGUCUUUGUGUAAUGGAAAUGGCACGGGUUGACGCCUCUCUGGCAACUUUCGCCGUUGUGCAUUCCGGCCUCGCGAUGAAAGCGAUUGCUGUGGCGGGGACUGAAGAGCAAAAGCGUUUCUGGCUGCCUCAGAUGGCUCGGUGGGAUAAGAUCGGCUGCUUCUGCCUAACGGAGGCGGAGCAUGGAAGCGAUGCUGCCGGCCUCGAGACUACUGCUAAACGGACCAAGGGGGGAUUCUUGCUAAAUGGAAACAAGCGAUGGAUCGGCAAUGCUACGAUUUGCGACGUUGCGGUAGUGUGGGCCAGAGAAGUGGAAUCGGGAAAAGUAGAGGGCUUUCUUGUGGAACGACACUUCCCAGGGUUCAAGGCUGAGGCUAUUAAGGAGAAAGCUUCUCUGCGGGGAGUAGAGAAUGCAGAUAUUUGGUUCAGCGACUGUUUUGUUCCAGAUUCCCAUAAAAUGAAACCCGGAGGAUUUUCAGGCAACACGAAACUGGUUCUUGAAUCAUCAAGAGCAUUGGUUGCAGCGGCAUGCUCCGGCUUGCUCAUCGGAGCUUAUGACUCGGCUUUGGAGUACUGCAGCGCUAGGCAGCAGUUCGGCCGGCCCUUGACGGGUUUCCAGUUGGUACAGGAACGGCUCCUGAGGGCUCUGGGUCUUGCACAUGGAUGCUGCACGAUGUCCAUACAGCUGGCUCGACGAAUGGAUACGGGCAGAACCUCGAUGCCCUUGAUAGCUUUGGUGAAGGCAACGACUUCGCGACUGGCGCGAGAGGGCGCGCAGCUCUGCAGAGAAGUGAUGGGUGGCAACGGUAUCGUGCUGCAUAACGGGGUGGCAAAGGCCCUGGCGGACGUAGAGGCGAUGUACACCUACGAGGGCACGUACGACAUCAACAUGCUCAUCGCCGCACGUGCUGCAACUGGCAUAAACAUCGCCGAAGGGCUUUUGUUUAGUAGGGUUCUCUUAUUAUGAACCUUUGAUAUCUCUCCGAGCUUCUCGUUCCCUGUUCGCACUGUUGGGUAUGCUCUGAUUUUGAUUUCAGGUGUGCAGAUUGGGGAGCUGGAGUAUAGUUUUGGGGAAGGCGUUGGCGUCACUUAUUCCACCCACAACCCACGGGUUGAUGGCGUCCACGGAUUCCUAGAUGGAACAUAUGAAUACAGCCUCCACAUGGGUGUCAGUACACUGUCCGCUUUAGAGCUCUCCAAUGUCAUCUCCACUCUUCAACGGGUCUUCCAAGGCAAUAAGUAUGAUCUCAUCAACAGAAAUUGCAACCACUUCAGCGACACCCUUCUUAAGGCCGUUGUAAACAAGGGGAUUCCCAGCUACAUCAACAGGGCGAGCCGAUACGGAAACUGGCUCAGGUAUGAUGAUGCAAUGGGUGCCCUGUUGUUCACCUCUCACCGUUUGUCUUCCGUUUUUGCAAACUAG